GCUGUAUAUCUUGCAUCUGCUUCAACAUUCUCAUCCCCUAGGGCCACACAUUUCAUCGCCACCGCCAGUAUUGCCCUUUCCAGAGCCCUUUCAGCCGAAUUGCCACCCCCGACCACUGUCUGUAGCCCUUUCAACCAACUGUUCAGUAUCUGUACCACGUUUCCCGCCUCCGUCAAGUGUAUAAAGAGGCCGAUCUCCGACUUGUCGAUCCAUACCCACCCUUCCGCCUUCCUGCUGAGUAGCACCCCACUGCUGCAGCCCCUCUCGAUCCAUCGCCAUCGCCCAAUCUCCCCCAGCUCGCCCGCCCACCGUUGAUCGUCGCCCGCGCCUGGUGUGCACACCUUUGCGUUUUCUCUCGCUGUAUUCAACCUUAUCGCACUCCCAAAUCCGCCCCGUCAAGCAUCUUUGCCGUCUUUGUGGCCUGUCAGAGCUACCGAAAGCAUAGAAGAAGGUUCCAUCGCCAUAGGGAUUUGGCACCUCCAGAAAAUAAACAUCCACCGCGAUCCUUAUCCUGUCUCAAUUCUGCUCUUCUCUUCUUUUUUCCAGCCCUUCUCAUCUCCCCCUAUCCGCCUUGUCUCAAGCCACGGCGUCCUUUUGGAAAGCGUACUCCGUGCAGGAACAAUUUCGCUUAUCGCUUCCUGCCAGGCUCCAUCUCUCUAUAAUCAGAAGCCAGUCUUCGUACCGUCGCUGGAUCGACACCGCUGCUUAAUUGUCUUGCUCUCGCCUCCCAUAAGCUAGACUCUGACUCUCAGCUGUUCCCCACAACAAUAAUCACAAGCCCCAGCUGGCAACCACACAAUCAUAAUGGCAAACUUCUUUGAAACCGAGUUUGGCCUCUUCGACCCUUCCUCGAAGUUCGAAUCCGACUACCUCUCCUUCGCUUCCCUCUCCUCUGCCCUCUCCCCCCCACCUCUUGACCCCCACGGGUACGACUCUUCAGAUGGGGCGGCUGGUUUCCUCUCGGACUCCUCAUCGCCUGCCCCGUCCGAUAGCUUUGACUCGUACCCGGGGCUGUUCGAUCCCGCGACUCCUCCAAGUGGCGAUGUCGUUGGAAUUUUUCACACACCACCCAAGAGCGCCGGUUACGAGAGCUCGUCUUUCCUCCAAGGCCAAGGAUCUCCUGAAUCCUCCUACGAUACGUUCUCCAAGAUCGACAUGCCCUCAUUCUCCUCAUCCUCCUUCCCUCUCUCCAUCCCUACCGACGAGAUUUUCUUGUCAUCCCCGCCCACCGGCAGCUAUUCUUGGGAUGAAGCAGCGCCUGUGGCAGCAAGCUCUUCAUCCCAAGCACCCCUUGCCUCGUCGAAACCUUUGCGCGUCGCCUCCAACCCCACUCUUGGUCCUUCAAGGAACACUCGCCAUGUCAAGCAUGUCACCUCGAUGCCCGAGCUUCAGGAGCAAGGGCAGGGGUCUCACGAGUGGCUGAACCCUUCUCAGUAUUCUGCUGACCCUCAAGGGUUCCAGCAGUUCCCCGCGGGUCCUUCAAGCGAAGGAUCAUUAGUCGAGAACUUUGACAGCGUCUUUGGUGACUACGGGUUGAACAGCAACAAUUCGGAAACUCCCGAAUUUGCUUUCCAACCUCCCACAGAUCAGUCAUACUCUUGUGAUAUCCCAACGUACUAUACCGCUCUCCCUCAUAAUGGCGAGACGCAAUGGGGCUUCGGUCCUUCCACCAACAUGCCGGCUCAUGUUGGUCUUUUCCCCGCUUUUGAGCUUCCCCAGCAGGUCAUUCACGUGGCUGCGCCUGCGGAGCAAAACACCCUUACGAUAAAUCCUAUGGCGGUGAUGAAGGGUGAUGCCGAUGACGAUGCGAGCAGGCCAUCGACCGCGCCUGGUAAGAGUGGAGAAAAAGUUGCGACGCUGAGUGCUCCGAUGUCUGAACCUAUGGCCAAGAGGAGUCUCUCCUCUUCCGGGUACAAGACACCCAAAUAUACAGCCCCCGUCCGCGACCUUUUCUCCUAUGCCCCCCAGCAACACUCUUCCGGUGAUCGACCGCUCUACACUUGUGAUCCAUCCCCAACAUACUACCGCACCGCCUCCUCCCAACACUCCCGUGCGAUGCCCAGCACUCCCACCCCUCGACCGAGGGCCGCUAGAGUCAUCAGCGACAUGUUCUCCGCGCCUCAGGAAGGCCAGUUCUCUCGCUAUCCCACAGCUCAUCCCCCCACGCCCAAGUCUCCAGCAUUCAACAUGAUGAGUGCUGUCCCGCCUCUCUUCCCUGCUCCUGUAGCUAUGCAGCGCGCCGAGACAACCCCCAUCCCGGCCGCCCAUCAGACAUCAAGGUCUGUCACCCUCAAUCCGUCUCUGCUCUCCGGAAAGUCUACCCGGGCGCACGACGAAGAUGUUGAUGAUGUGGAUCGUAUGAGGGCUCGUCAACGCUCAAGGCGAGUGAGCAUGACCGAGCCUCGGCACACGCUGCCCCGCACAACCCAACAGAUCCAUCCCCGACCACUCUUCGCCUCGCAUCCCCAGAUCCAUCCUCCUCCCAUGGGUAGCUCUGCUCUGACAACAGCACCGCUCGUGACCGUCCACCCUCCUCCUCAGGUCCACCCGCCCCCCAUGGAAUACGGCUCCGGCGGUGCUCCUUCCACUCCCCGCCGCGUCCACCCUCCUCCUCAUCCUGGUUCUGCUGGCCGACCCAUCGCGCGCCUCCCCUCUCCUCGCAAACAAUUACCCAUUGUCGAGCCUCCCACUCCUCCUAAGACAGCACCUACCCCUCGCGGCAAGAGACGUGUCACAUCGCCGAAGAAAAGGACUCCCUCAUCUUCUUCUUCGGCUUCCGGUGGUGGUGACCAAAGGUUUAGCUUUGGCAAUGCCAUGUUUGUCAACUUUACGUCCGAGGAUGCCGAUCUGUUAUUGGCCGGUGUAGCGCCCAGUGGGGCUAUGGCAAAGAAGAAGAGAGAUAGGGAAGCGGCGUUGUUGGAGCAAGAGCAGGAGGAAUAUCGAAUGAAGAGAUCGAGAAGUUAGAGUGUCUUCUUUCAGUUCAUCUUUCGAGGUCGUAUCAAUUUAGAAUCUGUUCUCAUCUUUUCAUUGCUAUACGUGUGUUGUUUCAGUCCUCAGAUGUGUAUAGUAUAGUUUUCCGUCGUCGUAUAGCAGACAGAUUCUUGGUUUUCUCGGACUUGGUUUAGAUGCUUAUUGAUUAGAGAUCAUG